CAUCUUCGGUCGUCAAGAAGAUAUGAUGCAUUUUACGGUGAAAUCAUGACUAAAGGCAAAAUAUUUUAACAGAGAAUAUAUUUUUAACAGAGGGUGACUCGGGGUAGCUAACUUUGGUUACUUCCAUCGCCAUUUUCCUUUCUUUCCGUCAUAAUGGAUGAGGAUUUUCUGCUCGCUAUUCAGCUACAGGAGCAGUUUGACAGUGAAUAUGAGACGUCAUUAUUUCCAUCAGACUGUUUUGAGGAUAACGGCUUCGGACAAAGCAGUAAGAAACGAAAAGUGGAUGUAGCCCCUGGAGGUGGCAGUGAUGUUGUCCCCUACUUUAAGCCCGCUGCCCAGCCUGAGAGGCCGCUGUCCAUCGUGGACGAGUCCUGGGAGAUACUGGACCCCAGCCCCGAUGUCAGAGCCAUGUUUCUGGAGUUCAAUGACAUGUUCUUCUGGGGGAAACUCAGCGGUGUGGAGGUUAAGUGGAGUCCCAGAAUGACACUGUGUGCUGGCGUGUGUUCUUACGAGGGCCGAGGUGGAUUGUGUUCGAUCAGACUCAGUGAGCCUCUGCUGAAGCUGAGACCUAGAAAAGACCUGGUUCAGACGCUCCUCCAUGAAAUGAUUCACGCCCUCCUGUUUGUGACCCAGAACAACAGAGACAGAGAUGGUCACGGACCCGAGUUCUGCAAACAUAUGAACCGAAUCAACAAGGCCAGUGGAACAAAUAUUACUAUCUACCAUAGCUUCCAUGAUGAGGUUGAUGUGUACCGGCAGCACUGGUGGCGAUGCAAUGGGCCCUGUCAAAACCGCAAGCCCUACUUUGGCUACGUGAAGAGGGCCAUGAACCGGGCUCCGUCUUCUUUGGACCCUUGGUGGGAGGACCACCGGAGGACGUGUGGCGGGGCGUACACCAAGAUCAAGGAGCCUGAAGGAUAUGGCAAAAAAGGCAAGAAGGACGGGAAGACCUCAGAUAAGAAGGCCUCAGGAAAUGGCAAGGCUUCAAGUACAACUACAGCUACAGGUUCUGGAUCACAGGACAUAAGGAAUAUUAUCCCAUUUAGUGGCAAAGGCUUCGUACUCGGAGUGAAGUCACAGUCCUCUACGUCUUCCUCCCCUUCUCACAAACCACCACCGAUGCCUGCUGUGAAAUCCCCUACAUCCAGCCCCGUCUCCCCUCCCAAGAAACUCCCCACCCCUUCAUCCCCAGCUAAAACUCUCACAUCUCCUGUUCGCUCCGGCCCUGAUAAAACAGGGAUCUCCGCUGCCUUUCCCUCCAUCAGGCCAGCAGCCUCCACGGGGCAGAAGCCACCUGUAAAGAGGUCUGUCAGUAAUACGAGGGUUUUUGUCAACAUCGGUGGCUCACCAGUCAGAAUCCCUAAACCCCACAGCGGCAGCAGUAGCCUGGGAGCAGAGAAAAUAAAGCAAAGGUCCAUUGAAGACCUUUUCAACAGCAUAGGUGUCAGGAAAUCAGUUGGGCCGUCCCCCUCAAAUACAGAAACUAAAAGAGAUUCACGGACAUCACCAAAGAGUACCAUGAGUGCUACCUCUGCCUCUUCCUCCUUUCCUAAACAACAAAGUUCUUCCUCUGCCAGCACAUCUAAACCUAGUCCAAGCAAAUCUAGUCAAGGCAGCCCUGCUAAACCACUACAGUCAAAAUAUUUCAAUCAUUCCAACAGUGACAGUACACUAGGAGCUGCCGGUGGGGGUCAGACAUCAAGGAAGAGGCCGUGGGACGACCGCAACAGCUCAGCCAGCAUCUUUGACUUCUUCCAGAAAACGUUAGGCAGCGAUUCAGCAGCAGCGUCGAGGGAGUCAACAAAGACAAAAACACCUGCAAUGCAGCAAAGAACUGCCACCACCACCUCCUCCUCCUCAUCCUCCACUACAUCUUCUCUUCCUUCCUCUGCAGCAUUGCACAGCGUUACCUCCACCUCCUCCUCCUCCUCCUCCUCCUCCUCCGCGCUAUUGGUCAGCUGUCCUGUGUGCCAAGCAAAGGUGCAGGAGUCAAAGAUCAACGAGCAUCUUGAUUCCUGCCUCUCGUGAACAGGGAGGAGCAGAUUGCUAAGGAGGACAAUGCAGAAGAGAUGUUGCUAUAAAACCAACUUCAGGAAAGUCAAUAGAAGUUUCAGGGAUUUUGCUGUUUUGAUAUUGGAUAUUCAGUGUUAUUACAAUUACACUUUUGAUUUUAAAGCGUUGGUUGGAUGGUUUUACUACGAGAUUGGAUUGUUUUUCUUUGUGGUUGUCAAUAUUAAUGAUAAUCCUUCCAUCACGAGUGCCUGUCUGACAGCUCGUGCCUUAGGAGACCAAGAGAACAGGAGGGUUUAACAGAUAAUGUACGUUAAAUUAGUUUUUAUUCACAUCAGGUAAAACAAAACGAAGAAAACACAAGUAAAUUCUGGUAAAACUUUCACCCGAAUCCUUAACACUGUUGUUUUAACUUUAGAAUAAUUCAUGAAUAGCAUUCUCAUGUUAUUUUUUUAUCACACUGAUCAGUUCUGUGUAAAUCUUAUGAAUUAUUUCACUGCAGAGCUUCCUACAUUGGGCUGGAAUACAUUAGAAAGCCAUGACAUUUGUAAUGCAGUGAAGCAAUUGAUGAGAUUGAUCAGUAUGAUGAUACCAGUUAGGGUAUAAAUUCACAAGCUGCAGUGUCGUGUGUGUGUGUGUGUGUGUGUGUGUGUGUGUGUGUGUGUGUGUGUGUGUGUGUGUGUGUGUGUGUGUGUGUGUGUGUGUGUGUGUGUGUGUGUGUGUAGAGAGAGGUUAUUUUUGCCUCCUCUGCGGGUGGAUGCUUGUGGACUGGUUCCUGUAGUCUGAAGUGUUCUCCACCUCAGUUCAGCACGAGACGCCGACUGACCUCUGCUGAUGUGCGGGAAUCAGAUUUCACACUCGCUAGCUAUUUAUUUCAACACCGCACCCAUCUUGUACUUCAUCAGUCAGGUCGACAGUGGAAAAUUUGAGGACGGCUUAAAAUGUUUUUGCUCACUUAUUAUUUUUAGGGAAAUGUUUAAAUUACAAAAUGCAGAUUUUAACUGCGAAAACAUUAGGAUUUUCUAUGUGUGUUGUUUUAUGUGUUGUUGUUGUUGUUUGUUUUAAAGGAAAUUGCUAAGAAGUUUUGUUGCCAAAUAAAAACAUUUUUA